GUUCUCCGGUUUGUCCUGCAACAGGAGCCGCGGUUAGCAUCGGUUAGCAUGCUGCUAGUUUAUCACCUCCAUGCUGACCGGCUAACGUGCCGACAGCUAGCUAACUGUUAGCAUCUGGAAACAAACAAACAAGAUCAGUAAACAAACAGUUUGAGUUAAUCCUGUAGAGGUACUCAGUGAACAUGAUCCCACGCCAGACUCCAUUCAAAUAUCUGCUAACUUAAGAUCUGUUUACUUGUAGAACAGCGUGGAUCAUUCAUAUUAAAUUCUCUAUAAUUCUUCCAACAAGCCAAGUGCAACAUAAGAUGCAGCAGGUUGAGUCCGACUUAAUUAAAGUGACCAGAUGUAGUAACCUGCUGAGGAGCUCAUCCCGCUGUGUUGUUUAGUUCCCCCAGUCUACAGACUCUCAGGAUGCAGCUCGUGUAGGUCGACACAGAAUGAGUCGUGAUGAUGAAGAGACCAAAACUGGCCGGAGUGUUCCUCUUCGUGGGCUGCCUGCUCGCCUACCUCAUGUUCGUGAAGCGUCACUACGCCGCCACAAAGCCCGACGCCUACAGACUACCUCCCCUCGCCCGGGCCGGCCCAGACCAUCUCGGAGACGAUAGGCCCGCAGCGGCUGGGCCGAGCUUCCGGUAUGGCAUCAUGUUCGAUGCUGGAAGCACCGGGACCCGAGUCCACGUCUUCAAGUUCCAGAUGGAGAACAGAGAAGCUCCCAAACUGGCCCACGAGACGUUCAGGGCCAUCAAACCUGGACUGUCUGCGUAUGCUGAUGAUCCAGAGAAGUGUUCAGCAGGAAUCGUGGAGCUUCUGGAGGUGGCCAAGGCCAGCGUCCCCCCCUCCGUCUGGACCGUCACCCCUGCGGUCCUGAGGGCCACGGCCGGCCUCCGCCUGCUGCCCGGAGAGAAGGCCAAACACCUGCUGGACCAGGUGAGGGCGCUGUUUCAGGAGUCUCCGUUCCUGUCCAGAGACGACAGCGUGUCCAUCAUGGACGGCAACGAUGAAG